GUUUUGGGUUUUCGUGAAAAUAGUUUAUUUUCAUCUACUUGGUAUCACACGUACCAGUAAUAUUUAUAUAGGUCAGGGAUAUAGGUAGUCUUACACAUUUGUUAUCAAUAUGUUGGAGCCAAUAUUGAGUGUCAAACAUGGUGUGUAACCCAAGCAGAAAUGGUGUGCAUGGUAUAAGGUAAAUGCAAAAGAUUUAACACUUUAUCGUCCAUGACCUAGUAUGUGUUGGUAGUUUCAAAAUCAAACACUUUUUUUUGCUGUGGACAUUCUACGGCAAUGAGCGACAUACCACCGUAUGACCUUCAGGCAUAUCAGCCUCCUCCAUCACUAUGGAAACUAGUUGAAGAAAAUGUAUCUCCUGAAGAACGGGAAGAAAUUCAAGAAAUUCUUGGUGAUAGUUUGAUUGAACAAAGUUUAGAACUUCAUUCUGAGGUAGACACAUUGAUAGACAUAUGGAGAGAAUUCAGAGAAGAAACAAAUAGUAUUGUGCCAAAAAGUAAUCCCUUACCAGAGCCGCCACGGGUUCGAGAAAGCCUGGUAAAUCAUAUACGUCUACUACUUGGUAGUUUAAAAGAUAAAAGAGAUGGUGGAAGGGAUUCUGGUGUAGUCUUAGCAGAUUGUAAUAUUGAUGUUUUAGACUAUGUAUUACAUGACACAACUAGUUCAGGCUCUAGUGCUAGUAGUACACCUAAACGACCAUCAACAGCUGCCAGUGUGAGAGAUGGUCGAGAGACGCCGCUUAGAAUCACUCCAUGUAGUGAUGCAGAUAUAAAAGCUUUGGAAGAUGAGGUUGAAAUGUUGCUGAGGGAUAUAACUUUUUUACAAAACUGUCUGGAGGAGGAGUCUGAUUUUAGAUGUCAGUCAGUGAUGUCAAUCAGCAGAGAACCUACAAUACAAGAUUUGAAAGAAGAGAGAUCAAAACUACAGAAAGUGGUUGAAAACAUUACAGACAGUCCACAAAUUCCAGGUGUUAAAAAGUCAUUCCCAUCACCAACAAGGAAACUUCCAGCUCCGUUAAAACUUAACAAUACCAAGAAAAGAGCUCCAGCAUCCUACAGUAGUAUGAAUUCCAGAACUCCACUCAAAGCAUCACAUUCUAUUGUUCAAGCUACCACUAUAACAUUACCGAAGAAUGCAUCAACAGUAAGUGGUGUCAAGAAUCCAACAUUAUCCAGGGAGAGAGUGGUAAUUAUAAAUGCAAACUCAAAGAACACAACAUCUCCGGACAAAGCAUCCUCAUCUCCAUCGUUUCGACCUUCUCCUCCAUCUUCAGCGAAACCUACAACUGUACGACCAACGUCAGCCGAUAGGUUCAGAAAAUUAGUUCUGGAUAACCGUCAAGGAGCUACAUAGACAUUGCCACUGCAGUUGUGGACUCUUGUGCCUGUCUGUUUAUCAGCAUUUUGUCACAUCAUGAUAACUUGCUGUAUUUGGAUCUAUUUCAGACCGACUUGGAUUCUAGUAUUCUAUACCUUGUAUAUAAACACUAGUCUAUCAUGGACUACCAUCUAUGCAUGUUUGGUAACAUUGUGGCAUAUUAUAUAUUUUAUUUUGUAUAACAACUGAAGGGUACUUAUUGAUGUCCUACCAAGUACCUGAGAGACUGUGGAUAAUGAAAUUGCGAACACAGAAAACGAAAUUUCUUUGUUUGAGGUGGACGGUGUCAAAGGUAAAUACUGUGCUCAAAAAUCGCACUGAGUUGUUUUGUUUUUGAUGUUUGCACUUUUUUUUUGCAAAUUUUUGUUUUAGGGGUUGGUGUUGGGAGGAGGGUUGAAUGUUAAAUUAAGAGAUUAUAUUUCAAUUAUCCACAGCCCCUUAGUAUGCUACAAAACACUUGUAUUUUAUGAGUUACUUUCCUCAGCUGUUUUCUGGAAACUGAAUGCCCUUGGAUAUCAGAAUUCACUGUUUUUUGAAUAAAUGCAUGACAUAUUUCACAAUGUGACAUAUAGUAUUUAUUGUUUCAUCAAAUUUA